CCGCCCUCGGUGUGCAGGCUCCUUUGUGCUGCCUGCAGCGGCGGGGAAGAACCGGCGGGCCAAGCGCCCGCGCCGCAGCGCUCUCCCUUCCCCUGGGCGGUCGCCCGGCUCGGCUCCCACGCCAUCCGCGACCCUUCCGCCCCCUCGACGGGGCUCUCCGCAGCGGGUGGGACCGCCACCCCCGCCACGCGGGCCAUCGCCGUUUUAAGCGGAGGGCCACGCCGGGAGACGGGGCGGGCCGGGCGCGCCCCCCCGGCUCCCCCACGUGGUGCGGUGCCCGUGUCUCCAGGCCGCCGGCGGGGCUGGGCGCACACGGCGUGGGGCAGCCGCCGGGGCUCUCCUGCUCCCGUCGCCGCUGCCCGGGCGGCAGAUCCGGCCCGCGGCCAUGCGCCAGAGCUGCGCCGAGCGGCCCAGCGGCGGGGCUGCACCGCCGCCGCGUCCCGCUGUAGUGGCGUGAAGCGGCGUAAGAAUGAAGCGGGCGAGGCGGGCCGCGCCGGGCCCCCUGCCCGUGCUGGGGCUGCUGCUGCUGGGCGCCCUGCCGGGGCUCUGGACGGUGCUACUGCGGCGGGAGGCGGCGGCGCUGCCGGAGCCGCGGCCGCCCGCCGGGCAGUCCCCGGGGCGAUGGGGCUGGGGGCGCUCCCCGCCGGUGCGGGGCGAGUCCGGCGGCGGCGGGCAGAAAACUUUUCGGACGCUGCUGGCGGUGCCGGCGGCGGCGACGGACCGGGAGGAGCGGGACGGUGAGAAGCGGCUCGCUGUGACCGACUCGCAGCCGCCGGCCGACGCCGCCUCUCCGGUGGAGCGGGGCAUCUUCUGGAGCCGUGAGCUGGAGGAGCAGGUGCCGCCGGGCUUCGCGGCGGAGGAGGCGGCGGCGUGGCUGGCGGCCGCCCGCGCAGCCCGCGUGGCCUCGCUGGAGCGGGGCGGCUGCGGGCGCAGCUCCAACCGGCUGGCGCGGCUGUCGGACGGGAGCCGCGCCUGCGUCCGCUACGGCAUCAACCCGGAGCAGAUCCAGGGCGAGGCGCUCUCGUAUCACCUGGCCGGGGUGCUGGGCAUGCAGGAGCGGCUGCCGCCCAUGGCCCUCGCCCUGGUGGAAGCCCGCGGGCGGCAGUGGGAGCCGGUACGCGAGGAGCUGCGCGGCUCGCACUGGGCCGAGGGCGCCGUGGUCAGCCUGACCCGCUGGGUGGACAAUCUCACCGCCGUGGUGGCUCCCGCGCCCUGGGGCGCCGAGGCGGGCGCCGGCCGGCGGCUGCAGCCGCUGUCGGCGGGGGAGCUGGUCGGGCUAUCGCCGUCGCAGCUGGUGGAGCUGGUGCAGUGGAGCGAUCUGAUCCUCUUCGACUACCUGACGGCCAACUUCGACCGCCUGGUCAGCAACCUUUUCAGCCUGCAGUGGGACCCACGGGUGAUGGGCCGCGCCACCAGCAACCUGCUCCGCGCCCCCGACGGCGGGCUCGUCUUCAUGGACAACGAGGCGGGAUUGGUGCACGGCUACCGCCUCCUCUCCAUGUGGGACCCCUACAACGAGCCGCUGCUGCGCUCCGUGUGCGUGUUCCGCGAGGGCACGGCGCGCCGCGUGGCCGAGCUGCACCGCCGCCGCAGCGCCGCCGCCGAGCUGCGCCGCCGGUACCGGGCGCGGGAGCCGCUCUGGGCGCGCCUCGGCUUCCUCUCCGAGCGCCAGGCCGAGCUCCUGCAGGCCCGCGUCGACUUCGUGCACCGCCACAUCGCCCACUGCCGCGCCCAGGCCGCCGUGCUCUGAGCUCCCCGGGGCCGCGGCGCUCCGCCUGGCUUUCCUCCGCUCCCGGGCAGCGAGGCUGACUUGGCCCGGCAGCGGCCGCGGGCCGGAGCUGACCCAGGCUGCCCUCUCGGUGCCCCGCAGUCGCUGCGGCUGCCGGGGACGGGGGAAGUAAUGGGCUACCUGCCUGCCGAGGCUGUCGAGAGGAGGGAUUGAUUCGCUUUGUCAAGAACUCUGAAGAUGCAGAACGCAAUUGCUAUAAUUACGGCCCAGUUCCACUCCAGGACUCUGCCCCCAGAGUUGGAAAAAUGAGAGGGUUCAGCAUCUUCAGUUCCUUAACUCACUUCGUGCACUCGCCCUCGUAAGAGACCUCAUAGGAAUGCAGUCAUCUUUUGUCUCGAUUGGGGUCGAGUAACUUGUUUCCUUCCAACGAAGGCAGGCAGAAAAUUUUUUUAUAUAUUAUUCCUUUUGCAACGGCAUAUUUAAGUAUGAAUGUUGAUGUUCAUAGACCAAGAAUUGAUUGCACAAUAGGGGAGCCCCUAACUAGCGAAACUGCCCUAUUUAUGAAACUUGUUUCCUACCAGUUUUCUUUAAUGAGAGUGAAUCUUUCCACUGAUUGUUAAGUCUUGUUGAUGAGAAGUGUAUAGGAGCUCAUAUUCUUAGUUUUUUUGUGGAUUCAUUGGGUUAAACUGUUCUGAUUUUUAAGGGUUUGCUUGUAAUCAUAAUUUCAUCUCACCAGUAAAGUAACUGACUAAUGGGUGGCCCAAGAAGAUCUCCCAUUUUUAAAAAAAUAUUGCUAUAUGCUAAGACUUUGACACAAUAGUUAAAGUGGAGGGAAAACUGUUUCAUGCACUUUACUUUGACUUUUUAAUAUUUUUUUUAUAGAAGACCUUUUUAUUUUACAAAGUCUGCCUUUUAUGUACAUUGUAUAUGUUCAUAAACUUUUCUGUAACAUACUAAAGAAACUGAUAUUUCAGUAAAGUGUGUUAAUGUUUUGCCUUCUGUAGCCUGGAUGUUUGCCUGAGCUUUGACAGGGAAGCAUGCAUCUGCUCGGUCUUUCCUGCUGAGUGAUGGAGGUCACCACUUCACAGCUUGUCACUCCAGUGAACAGAAUGAACUUUUACUCAUUCCCUCUGAGGCAAGGAGUGGUAGAGUUAAGCUUUCAAACACUACUCUCAUUCCUAGGUGUCCCUGAAAGGGGAAAAGCUCUUGGAGUGGCUAGAGUAGUGUGAGUGCUUCAGCUGAGUAGACAUUUAUCUGGUUUUCAAAGCCUGAAAUGGACUGCCUGGCCUAACCCUGAGAUAACUGAAGCAGCUAGCUUCAGCAAGCUGACAGAGCAGGUGAGGGCUAGCUGCUGUCAGCCUAUUUGGGUGCUGGGACUGGAUACCAACCUGGCACAGGUCAUGUCAGCUGUUCCUGCUCCAGAGCCUUGUCCAGGGAUGGCAGUUGCUUUCAGUGGUGUUCAUACUGUCUUCCCAUUUUGGUUAUCUUUGCAAUGAAGAGAUUGAGGCAGAACUGAAGAACAGGAAAGCUUUUUAAUCAUGCUGAAGUAGUUGGUGGGUUUUUUUUUCCUACAGAAGUUCUGUUCUAGGGCGAAGUAGUAGUGGUGGACGUACAAAAUAAAAUAUUGGCAUCUCUUGCUUUUUUAAAUGUACCAGUGUUCAUAGAAGAGGUCAUUGUAUGGCUUGAAAUAACGCUAGAAUAAGGACAAAAGAUAAACUAAUCCUUUUUAGACCCCAAAUGCCAGUAUAUAUCCUGGUAUAAACAAACAGCAGCAUAAUCUCUUCUACAUCUGGACAGGCAGCUCUUGAUGAAGGCAGCAGCAUGCCCCAGUGGCUGCUGUGCAAGUAGGUGCUGUUUUCAGUGUUGAGCACUAACCCUCCCUUGAACUCAGGAAGGGAUGUGCAUUCCGACCUGCAGGAGGUCUUUGGUCUAUUAAUAUUCAUUAUUUAGAUUAAACUUCACAUAAAUACAAUUUUCUUUGGCCAUUAGUGUUGUUGGGGGGUUUGGGGGUAGUUUUUUAAUAAGACAACAGUUUUACAAACAAAAAUAACGGUUGAUUAAUUAGAUAUGUUAGAUAGUGCAUCUUUGUGUAUGAGUAUUUAUUUCAAAAUGUCCCAGGAGCCUGCAAGACUAGCUUUCAUUCAGCUGCUGAACUGUCAAGGGUCUCUAUUGAACUUGUAUUUAUAGUUCACUGCAUUUAUCUCUACGAACAAUGCACAGAAUCCCAUGUGACAUUCCCUUGUCAUUUACAUGAUAAUACACAACUUAACUGUAAUUCUUAAUUCUUCUUUAGCAUUGCUUUGUAACUGGAAUGCAGCAGUUUCUGUUGCAUUCACCUCAUGAAAAUAUAUUUAAAUAAUAAACUGCUGGCAUACAUUUUAAACCAC